AUGCCAAAGCUUAAACGCAGGAGCAGCUCAAAAUCUUCAAAGGGGAAUAAUCUCCCCACUCUCGGAUUUACAGCUACAACGCCUGCUCAGAGCAAUACAAAGACGCGUGCACAGAAAAUGACGAGAUCUAAAUCUGAAUCUAAAGCUGCUGAGGAUGAAGGUUGGACUUCUGCUUCUUCAACAAACGAAACUCCGGAGAAAUCGCCGUCCGAGUCGCCGAGACUGACGCAGUCACAAUCACAGCCUGAUUUGAGUAGCUUACCUGGACAGCUGAAGCGUCUUAAUUUAGUGAAUGUCGGUGGCAAUGGAUGUAACGUUGAAGACCCUGAAGAGUCCGAUGUAAACACACCAAAACCGUCAUCCAGCUAUUCAUUCACAAACGUACCACCUCGGCCAUCAUCGAUAACGAGUACUACGUCAUCUAAAGCACCGCCUUCUGUGUUCAAGAUGAGUAGUCCACUCGCUCAAGUGGAUACCAAAACGGUGGCACACGCUGCUGAUUCACCGACUAACACGUCUACUACCAAUCUACAAGACAAUUUAGCAGCGAAACUUGGCUAUAAAAGCUCAUUGGGUGCUAUUUCAAGGCAAAAUAUCGGUACACCAGCUCUACGAACACCACCCGCCAAGUCCCACCUCGUUAUUAGCAAUUUCACACCCGCAGGAAGUCAGGACUUGCCACCGACGCCAACAUACUCAAGGUUGACGACAUACUCCAAUCUUAAGAGCUCGCACACGGCGCUCCGUACUUUCUUCCAUCCUCAGAAGGAUUCGCUGGAGAGGUGUGGGCGAUAUGGCAAGUUCGAUCCACCGCCCAAGUGGUUUGAGCCAGUGAAGAACAAUCACCACCCAUUUUUCCACCCACGCAAGCCAAACCAGCUGCGUAACCUGCCCAGGCCAAAAUCAAUGCAUCCAGAAUCUACACCGAAGCUGUCUCCCGGCAGCACGCGCAGUAGUUUCGGACAAGCGAUAUCAGGGGUAGUGAGCAAGAACCCGAUCAAUAGAGUUUUCAGUUAUAACGACUGA